AGUUCAGUGCUGGGGCUUUGUCUUGUAAACAUGCAGCAUUUUCUGUCUUCGUGUCUGGAUCUAGAACAGUGUCACUCAGCAAGAGCAGGAAGCCACUUACUGUCUUGCAAGGCCAGCACCAAAGCCUAAGGAGAAAUCAAGGGCCACUGAGCACAAGUUACUUCUGAGGGUUAUGGGCUGGAUUUUAGAAUGUGUCCGCGUGCCUCAAGGGGAAGCUGCCGGCGCUCGAGCAUGUAGCUUUGUCUUCGCGGGGCCUUGGCACGAGCCGUUAUUUAAAUGCAGGGUUAGCGGUAGGUCACAGCCGGCCGCGCCUGCGGGAUGUUUCAUUGUUUCUCGUUCUCCAGGCGGUGGGGUCGGGAGGAUGGCACCUUCGCAGUGGUGUUCGGGUCUGAUUUAAGGCGAAUCAUAGCUGCUUCAGUUUUUCAAUCCCCUAAACUAAGUCAGGAUGAUUCAUCUGUUUUUUGACAGCACCCACUUAUAGAAGGUGGGUUUGAGCCGUGUGCCUCUUCAUUCAGUCGCUGUGUGUCAAAAUUAUCAGUGCUUGUCUGAUCCCCAUUAGCGACUUAAAACUAUAAAUAUAAAAAUAUAAAAAAUACUAUAGCAGGAACUCACUGCCAUCUAUUCUAUACCGUUCUACAUCCAUUCUGCUCUCCGGCAGUGGCUGUGGCCGGGGUUGGGGGUGGGGUGCAGGGGCAGCCCAGAACCCGCCUGGGCGGUGUCUGGAGCACGACGGUGGCUCCGCACCUGCCCCCGCCGUGACCCGGACACGGAGCGUGGCUGGGGCGGGGAGCCGGGGAUCGUGACCCUCCGCAGGGACGGAGCCUCGCCGCGGGAGGAAGGCAGGGGCUGCCGCGUGUCCCUGUCUCUUACCUCGCACCUAUUUCACAGACAUUUCACACCUUCUCCCCGCUCUGCCCGGCGGGGCUGCAGCUGGCCCAAGCCUGCGGUGUUCUCGCGGGGAAUCUCGCCGGCGUUCUUCUCCCAGGAAAACGGGUGAGAAACAGCCCGACGAGGGUUUUACAUUUUACAGUAACUGCCUAGGCUGCCCGGGCCUGUCGUGUGCCAUUUUGGAGAAAUUUCACCAAAUUAACUUCACCUAAAUGUCUCUGGACUUAAUGUUUCAGUAGUUUUUAACCUGUAAUCAGUGGGUGUAAAUGCUAGAGUCAGUCUCUGAGUUUUGGGAGAAGUUUAAUAUGUCUUUCUGAGCUCAGUUUUCUCAACUGCGAACCUGUUGUGUCUUUAGCUUUUCAGAGCUGUUUUAGGCCUAGUUUUAUUUAAAGCAUUUUGAGGUCCGUAGACUGCUUUUAACAGCACACUGAAUUUCUUUCCUUUGAAAAAAAUUAAAAGCAUACCAUAGAAUCUAAAAAUAGGAGAUAAAGAGUUUUUAUCUAACCACAACUUCGUGCAUUGCAUAGAAAAAGCUUCCAAUAGGACAUGAUGAUGAACGAGUUCAUGGCCAUGUUAAAGAAGAAUGAAAAUGAGCAGCCCCCACCCACCAAGCUGUUGAAUCUAGCAGAACAGCUUUGCCGGGAGCUCGAAAGCUCGACUCCAGGUCUGGAGAAGCUGGUUGAAGCCAUGAUGGAAUGCAGGAACAAGAGAUAUUUUCUCACUAACAUCCAUGUUGUCCGGGCCUGUGUGUCUGUUCAUAUCCAUAAAGGGCAACAUGAUGCAGCCUGCAGACUCCUGGAGUAUUGCAAGGCAGAAGAGAAGGAAGAGCUGGUGCAGCUUUGGCAUGAGAUUCACUACCGGAGGCUGAUGGAGAAACACCAGACAGAUGUUCUGACAGCACUGCAGAAAUUCCGUUGCAGGAAGAGGAAUCCUCCACCUAUUUCCAUUUGUCCCGAAGGUUUGAAGAGUCGAAACUACUCAGAAGAAGUUCGCCAGCAGCUGUACAGGUUUGCUGCAGAGGUGACAGCAAAUCCCAACAAAAAACAGCGGGAGGAAUUGGCUCGGGACAUGAACCUGCAGCCAACUCAGAUCUAUAACUGGUUUGCAAAUUAUCGACGACGUCAAAAAUCCCGCCGUCUUGGUAAGAAAGAGCUCAACCAUUCACGUCCUGAGAGAGCUUUGGCUUCCCACACAAAUGAGCCACAGGAUAAAGGAUCCAGCACUCCACAAACUGCAGGUUUGUCUCUUCCUAAUGGGUUCAGGAUGUGGUCCAGAGAGGCUGUCGCUCCAGAGGAGCAGACACUGCUAAGGCCUUGUGCAAUGACAGGUGAAAAGAGAUGCCUGGCUUUAAAGAGGCACCAAGUGAAAGCACAUACAAAGGAAGCAGAAGGUUUUAGCUCUCAGAUUCUGGAAUCAGGACGGUGUACUCCAGGAAAACCCAAUGGAUCUCAUACGGGCAUCAGCCCUGAGCAAAUGGAGAUAACCCUCAUGCCCUGUGAGCCAGGAUGGGAGCAGUCAGCUGCAGCUCUGUAUAAGCCUCCUGAAGGAUCAUUUUUAAAGAUGCUGGAAUCCAGGUGA